AAAUAGGUUGAAAUGCUUCACAUUGAUCAGGAUGAGAACAGCGUGACAGGAAAUGUAGUGUUAAACAGACUGUGAACGGACCAAUCAGAUGCGUUUGGCAGGUUCCUCCUGUAUUGUAGUCGCGCCACGUCGCCUCCUCUACUCAUUGAUGCACCAACAGCUCUCCCAACAACACACAGUCAGGAUGAUGGUGUUAUGGGUUGUUUUACUGGUUCUACAUCAAGGACAUGCACUGACUCCAGUCGUCUCUGUUCGUCCUGGUGAACCUGUAACUUUAUCAUGUUCUCUGACUAAAACUUUGAUGACCAACAGAGAAGUCCAGUGGUACAGAAACAAUGCUGGGGAGACUUUGAAAUUAAUAGUGAAGCUGCAGAAAUCCUCCAAACCUGAGUAUUCAGGAGAGAUUUCUGAAUCAAGACUAAUGAUAAACGAAGGUGAUGAUUUUAUCAACGUGACUAUUUUAAGGACAACUUUCCAAGAUGAGGGCAUGUAUCACUGUGAAGUGAGGACGUGGUUGGAAAAACCUGUAUGGACUGGAACAAAUGUGCUAGUAAAAGGACACAGUGAGAGGACGUCAGCGUUAUCUGUUGUUCAAACGUCGUCGGUCUCUGAUCCAGUCCGUCCAGACUCAGUGACUCUCCAGUGUUCAGUCCUUUCUGCCUCUGACAACAAGACGUGUCCAGGAGGUCCCAGUGUUUACUGGUUCAGAGCUGGAUCAGACCAGUCUCCUCCAGGAAUCAUUUCCACUGAUGGAAACAGUGAAUGUGAGCAGAGAUCUGACUCUGUGAAGAGCUGCGUUUAUCGCUUCUCUAAGACCAUCAGCUCCUCUGACGCUGGGACUUAUCGCUGUGCUGUGGCCACAUGUGGACAGAUUUUAUUUGGAGAAGGAACAAAAAUACAAAGCGGUAAAAAGGUCAACCACGAAUUCAUUUCUCUGGGGAUGUUAACAGUCUGUUUGGCCCUUUCUUUGACUGCAAAUAUUGUUUUCAUCUGUUACCGAAAAUCUAUGUGUCAACAGUUCAAAGGAAAUGAUACACAAGCAAGACAUGACAAUUCAAGUCACCUGCUGCGUGAUGGUGCUGAAGGAGAACAAGAUCUGAACUACGCUGCAUUACACAUCUCUGGAGGAAAAGCCACAAGGGGGAAAAAGAAGAAGGACCUGAAUACAGAAGAAAGUGUGUACACUCAGGUUAAAUGCUGAAUAAAAACUCUGCUUGAUAAUAA